AUGCCUCUGCGCAGCGUCCGACACACCGUUUACGAACCUCUCGGUAGCGAUGCUAUUCGACUUUUGUUUGUGAAACCUGGCUUCAAGGAUGAGCCCAUAGAAUGCGCGCUGAUCACUGUGGCCAACCUGGCUGAGUCGCCCCCAUAUCAUGCACUCUCGUAUGUCUGGGGUGAGUCCGGCGACGCAGCCUCUAUAAUUUGCAAUGGCGCGGAAAUGGUUAUCACCAAAAGAUUGGCCGAUACUCUCAUACAUCUGCGACGUACCCCAGGAUGGCGCUCUGUCGUACCCUGGUCUAAAGAUCACCCACUACAUUCUAGCAAGAACGCGUGGAAAGGUUUCGCACGAAGCCGACACGAGCGAUAUCAAGAAAGUGAAUGGGAGAAAGAGAGCCUGUUGUGGAUCGAUGCUCUCUGUAUAGAUCAGACCAAUCAUGAGGAGAGAGCAAGCCAGGUCAAGAUGAUGGGUAAAAUCUAUAGUUGUGCUGCGGCUGUCACCAUAUGGCUCGGAGCAGAAGACAAGCAGUUACCAGAUUCCAUCUCGAAAUUCGACGCCGAGUCUGGUGUUCACAUCAGCACGUAUGGACGAAUACCAGUCUUGCUCUCCUUCAUUGCGCAAGCGCUGCGGAACGUGAAAAGGCCACAGAACAGAUUGGCCUCCAUCACACCCGCUGAAAACUCACUCCAGCGCAACGGAGCGUACGGAUUUCCCAAGCCAAACGCGCCGGAUUGGGAAAUCGUACGUGACUUUUUCACGAACCCCUGGUUUGAAAGGGUGUGGGUGGUGCAGGAGGCAGUCCUCGCGAGCAGAGCAAUGGUGUUGAUAGGCGACUGGGAAGUCGAUUGGGCAGCCAUCGGAGAUGCGGCCUUAUGGUUCCAGACCAAGGGCUACGCCUUGCCUGCAGUAUUGAAAUACGAACUUCGAGAUCAACAAGACCUCUUGCCAGUUGCCAAGGCUGUCUCAGUGUGGAAGCAAUGUUCUUCGCCUGGCAGGCAGAUUGCGCUAUUAGAUUUGCUCCAGGCAUUUCGCAACAGACUGGCCACAGAUCCCAAAGACAAAGUGUAUGCGACGUUUGGCAUAGCAACGGAAUUAGCUGAUGUCGAAGUACAUGGGUUUCACCAGCUUCUCGAACCAGACUAUGAGAAGCCCGUCCUCGAUGUAUACCGUGAUGUUGCUAGGUUCUUGAUCAUUGAACACGGGAGUCUCGAUGUCCUUUCGGACGCGGGACUACCCUUGGAGCCAUCAUGGCCAUCAUGGGUCCCAGAUUGGCGUCAAAACAGAGCUUCGAACACCUUGACAAUUAUGCCAUCUGCCAAGAACUAUAAUGCGAGCGGAAAUGGGUCGCUCUCCAUGGGUUUCAGUGAUAGUUCUGCUAUACUUUCGCUCGAGGGUAUCGAUGUCGACCAUGUAGCGGCUUACGGUCACAAGCUUGCAAGCUACGGCUUUGGCUAUGUGACGUAUCAAGAAGAGGUCGACUUCGUAAACAUGGCAUGGGGACUUGUGGAGCCUUUUGAAACAGCAUCAGCUUCAAACGCGGACAAGGCCGUGAUUAGAACAUUCAUCCAAACACUGACGGCUGGCCAGGACAACGACCCGGGCUUCUUUGGCCACGCUAGACGUGGUCUACUCGUGCAUGGAGAUUAUCGUAGUUACUAUACAAGUAAACCACCGAUCCAGAGUACUUCCGAGGCUGUAAGGAGGAGCCUUGAGAACGCAACCGGGGACAUCUUGACUGGGAAUUAUACCGCAGUUUUUGUACCUCAAGAGAAGCGGCGCAUUGACAGAUCAGAAGGCAAUCGAGCUCCGAGCAGCUCAAAUCCCGAACGAUUAGGAAUUGAUAUAUUCACUGGUGGCGUAUCAUUGGAAGAACCACAUUGGAACCCUUCAUAUCUCGACACCAUGGAUGGCGGCAGUCGCAGAAAUCUUAUCCUUUGCUUCACUAUGUUCUUUCUUGGUACCCUUGCUAUUCCGCUGAAGAGAGUUCCUGAAGUCGCUCAGCACCUAAGGAACGAGCCUAGAAAAACGGACUUUGCUAUCUUCCGUCCAAGUGAGGAAUCGUCGAUCGCCUUCCUCUGGUCGUCCAUCGGUCUCGCGACGUUUACUGCGUUUCUCCAAGGCCUUGUCACUACUCUAGCAUCCAUGACAGAGUCAUCGAACUCAUGGACCUUCAGGUUUCGGCUAGCAAAACUAGAGCAUUGGUGGUGGACAGUGAUAUCAGUGUUUCUGUUCAUAUCGCUAGUUCUGAUCACACUGUCAUUCGCAUCUGGAAACAAUAAUGAAGCCAUCUCUAUCCUUGUCCUCUCAUCGACAACUUUGUUGGCAAUAGUCCGGUACACUGUGCCGUCAUGGCGCAGUCGUCACUACAUCAGGAACCGGUACUCAGCAUGGGCGGGGCCCAGCCGCACUGCUAUCAAAAGGGAUCAUAUCGCUUAUUGUGGGUCAAAGAAGGACUGGGCAAACCUCUCGAAGAAUGUCAGAGUAUCCGACAGAAAGAAGACUCCGUCCGAUGACUAUGGCUGGCAUAUCUGGAGAGUUGAAGGCAUUCGAGAAGACCCAACUGAUAUACUCAACAGUGUGCAUGCGGGAAAAGAGACCAUAUCACGUGAAGGGCGAAAUGAACAUAUCUUCCAAGAUGGGUACCAGAACUCAGCCACGGUAUCUCUGUUUUGGGGGGAACAACUUGGCUUUGUUCCCAGAGUAUCGCGCGCUAUAUCCUCGGUGCCCGCCAAUCUCCUGAAGUCGCAGCCGAUCACUGUUGACGGCUUUGCGGGUGAAGGUCUCUGCUUAGGCAUGGGUAUUCUAGGCAGGAACAAAGGUCUCAACCCUAAAGGUCUAGUUUUCAAGAUGAACGAGCCAAUCUGGAGAAGCCUCGAGAACAAUUCUGCCUUUGCCCCAAGACCUUCAAAAACACUAAGGAGUUACUAUGCCAAGCAACUUAAAAGGGUCUAUGGAGGAAUCUCUGACCAGUUCGUCUUAGCGGCCGUAGAGCUUUCUUUAAUCCUCAUGGACGCGGAUAGUCACGCCAUCGCGACUUGGCUCGAAGGCUAUUGCGAGCACCAGUACCUUUACGUCAACCAAAGGCUUCAGCAGCUCGACGCUACUCCAGAAGAGCUCAAAGCUCAUUACGAGUCCAGCUACGUCUCGAUGGUUAUUUCUCUGAACAACAUGCGGACUCGGAAUCUAGGCAGACCAGGCCGUGGAAUCGACAGCAAAGAGAAGCCCUGUCGGCCUGAUAUCAUCUGCCUUGGCCUCCUUCUUAAGGCCAGAGAGCAACCAGAGCCGAAUUGGUGGAGGCAUGAGGACAUCCAGGCUAUUCGGGAAAGCGAAAGGACUCUGCUUAAUGACGAGGUUGAUUACUAUCAAGGCUGGAUACGAGAUUUGUUUCCAGACCUGAUCAAGAUCAUCGCGCUGACCACAACCUGUCCGUCCGCCAUGUUCUAUCUGAGCGUUACCUUGUUCUUUGCGGCCCUACUCAACGUAACGUGCGCUCGAAGUGUUAACGGAAGCGCGCCCACGGUCCAAUGGCUCUCCCCCGGCUACUGUUGCACGGCUCUGACUUCAAGUCCUGUAGCUAAGCGCGUAACCUACCCGGGUCAGAACUCAUACAAUGCUAGUCUUAAUUCUUAUUUCGAUGGAAAGAGCAAAUUAACGCCCGACUGCAUUGUGCAACCCACAACUGCCGAGGAGGUCUCCACGAUCGUGAAGGUUCUUGUGGCUGCUGAUCUACAGAAGACUUGCCAGUUCGCCGUGCGAUCCGGUGGCCACACUCCGAUCCCUGGGGCCAAUAACAUCGAAGAUGGAGUCACGAUUGAUAUGCUGAAUAUGAAUGGAACCACCUAUGAUGUUACGUCCAUGACAGCAAGCAUUUUACCGGCUGCGAGAUGGGGCUCCGUUUACGCAACUCUGGAGCCAUUAGGACGUAUGGUAGCUGGAGGCCGCGGAAGUACUGUCGGGGUCGGUGGCUUCUUGCUUGGUGGUGGAAUAUCACACUACGCGCCUCGCGUUGGACUAUCUUGCGAUAACGUGAUCAACUUCCAAGUCGUCCUGGCUGAUGGCCGUAUCGUGAAUGCCAACAAGCGGACCAAUGCAGACCUGUUUACCGCUCUCAAAGGCGGCAACAGCAACUUUGGCAUUGUUACACGAUACGACAUGGACACUUUCGAGAACGAGAACCUUUGGGGAGGUAUUGUUUCCUGGCCUGCAUCCACUGUGAAUCAACACUUCAAGUCGCUUGUCAACUUUGGUCUCGACCCAAACAGAGACCCAAAUGCUGCUUUGAUACUUUUUCAAGGAUACUCAACAGCCAGUCCUGUGGACGUCGUAAGAGCCGCCUUCGAUUACACCAAGCCUGUGGUUCGCCCAGCUGCAUACAACGAGUUCUUUGCAGUCAAUAACACUCUCACCGAUUCGACCAAGAUUCAGCCAAUGAGUGCAAUUGCUGCAGAAUUUGGUAGUGACACAACUAAACGGGUUCAAUUUCGCACUAUUUCGUUCAAGAUUGAUCUUGAGACUCUCCAGGAGACAGCGCGUCUAUACAACAUUGUCAUUACGAAGCUUCAAGCCGAGGCUUCUGGCCAAUGGCGCGUCUCGUGCUUACAUCAGGUUUUUGCCACAAGCUACACCGCGAACAGUACAGCCAGAGGCGGCAACGUGCUGGGCAUGGAGCGCUACAGCGAGAACUUUAUCAUGUACCAGUCUUACCUGCUUUGGUCUGAGGCUAAGGAUGACGAGCUGUUCAUUAGCCUGGGUAAAAUGUUGACCGAUGGCAUCCAGAAGUUUGCCUCAGAAAAGGGAACGGGAGUAGAAUACAUUUACCUUAACUAUGCCGACAAGGACCAAGAUCCACUUUCAGCUUACGGUGCUGACAAGGUGUUGUUCAUGAAGAAGGUCGCAAAGAAGUACGAUCCCUUCGGUGUCUACCAGAGACUACUGCCUGGAGGAUUCAAGAUCUCCCAGGUAUGA